UUAUUUCCUUUUAAAGGGAGUUAUUGUAAAUAUGGAAUCUGUAAAUAAAGGUUUUCUCAGAGGCAAUUUAUUUGAUAUGUUUCGUAAGCAUAUGAAUUAUUUGUAAAACCACAAUUACCUUCUUUAUUAAAUAAUCAUCACAGGAAAUUUCAGUUGAUUCGGCCUGUUUAUAUUUACAUAAUUACAAUUGUUUUGUUUUUUUGUAAUAACAGUGAUAAAAAAUUACUUCAAUUAUUGUGCCUUUCAUUAUGAGGAUAUAUAUUUUUGGCAUUCAUUGUUGUGUGUUGUUGAAUAUGUCCAAAGCAUGGUUUGAGAUUGGUUGGCAGCGACACUAUCGUUAAUGAAUGAUUCAGAUAUGGGCACGAGCAAUGGGCUUUGAGAUUUGAUGUAUUGCUGUAUUUUGAAGGCGCAGUGGGUAUUUGUGGAAUGUAGACUCAAGAGCUCUAGUUUGUGCAUGCCCUGUACCACUGUGUUCCUGAUCUAGUCAAAGAGAAAUGUUGGUGUCUAUCCCAAAGUUUGACUUGCUUUCACAUCAACAUGUGUUUCUCAGCGCAGUGAGCAUAGUAGAAACGUGUAAAACAUGACAGCGAAUGGCUUCUUCCACCAUGAGGGAUUUGAAUGGGCAUGACUCCAUACCCACAUUGUGAAUUUGUUCUCAGAACCAUCCCUCUCCUGAGGUGAAAUGGAUUUAUUUCAAAGAUCCUGAGUUGUCAGUCAGCUGCAAACAUGUCUCUGUCCUUUCAUCCUUUUAGUUCAACUGUCGUGGUUUAUUGUAAAAAUCUAAAGUGUCGUGUACACUGUUGUAGCAGUUUAAUUGCGUUGCACAUUAAUGCACACAUUGACACAUCCUUUUCAAUGACUCUGACCCUUUUUGCCUAUUUUUUCCUGAUGCUACCCAUAAACCUGCGUUAAAACAGAGCCAAUGAGCAGCAGUGAGAUAGCCACCUCGGCAGCCGACGGGUCACUAGACAGCUUCUCAGGAUCAGCUAUUGGAACCAGUGGCUUCAGCCCAAGACAAACUCACCAGUUCUCUCCACAGAUUUAUCCUUCCAACAGGCCUUAUCCGCAUAUUCUUCCUACUCCUUCGUCCCAAAAUAUGGCUGCGUACGGGCAGACGCAGUACACCACAGGCAUGCAGCAGGCCGCGGCGUAUGCCACUUACCCUCAGCCUGGACAGCCCUAUGGAAUUCCAGCCUAUGGUCCAUUGUGGGCAGGCAUCAAGACGGAGGGUGGGCUUGCCCAGUCCCAGUCGCCAGGACAGGCGGGCUUUCUGAGCUACAGCUCCGGCUUCUCCACGCCCCAGACGGGACAGGCUCCCUACAGCUACCAGAUGCAAGGAGGCAGUUUCACAACAACGUCUGGGCUGUAUGCAGGAAGCAAUUCUCUGACAAAUUCGUCUGGAUUUAACAGCACACAGCAGGACUAUCCCUCGUACCCAGCCUUCGGCCAAGGUCAAUACGCACAGUAUUACAACAGCUCGCCGUACACGUCCCCGUACAUGACAAGCAACAACACCAGUCCCUCCACCCCUUCCACCACGGCCACCUACACCCUGCAGGAGCCCCCCUCCGGCAUCACCAGCCAGGCGCUCACCGACCCCCCUGCAGGAGAGUACAGUACAAUCCACAGUCCAUCAACUCCCAUUAAAGAUUCAGAAUCGGAUCGAUUGCGUCGAGCUUCGGAUGGAAAGUCACGUGGCCGGGGGAGAAGGAACAAUAACCCGUCACCGCCUCCGGACUCUGACCUUGAGCGCGUUUUCAUCUGGGACUUGGAUGAAACAAUCAUCGUUUUCCAUUCCUUGCUCACCGGGUCUUACGCCAACAGAUACGGAAGGGAUCCGCCUACGUCUGUGUCAUUAGGGCUGAGGAUGGAAGAAAUGAUCUUCAACCUGGCGGACACGCACCUAUUCUUCAACGACUUAGAGGAGUGCGACCAGGUCCACAUCGAUGACGUUUCCUCAGACGACAACGGUCAGGAUCUGAGCACGUACAACUUCGCCACGGACGGCUUCCACGCGGCGGCGACCAGCGCCAACCUGUGCCUGGCCACCGGCGUGCGGGGGGGAGUGGACUGGAUGAGAAAGCUGGCCUUCCGCUACAGACGAGUAAAAGAAAUUUACACCACGUACAAAAAUAACGUCGGAGGUCUGCUCGGACCAGCCAAAAGGGAAGCCUGGUUGCAAUUGCGAGCAGAAAUUGAAGCCUUGACAGACUCCUGGUUAACACUGGCACUGAAAGCACUAACAUUAAUCCACUCAAGGUCAAACUGUGUGAAUAUUUUAGUCACAACAACGCAGCUCAUACCCGCUCUGGCAAAGGUCUUGCUGUAUGGACUGGGAAUAGUGUUUCCAAUUGAAAAUAUUUAUAGCGCAACGAAAAUCGGGAAAGAAAGCUGCUUUGAGAGAGUAAUCCAGAGGUUCGGGAGGAAAGUGGUUUACGUUGUCGUGGGAGACGGAGUGGAAGAGGAGCAAGGCUCUAAAAAGCACAACAUGCCCUUCUGGAGGAUCUCCAGCCACUCGGACCUGAUGGCGCUGCACCACGCCCUGGAGCUGGAGUACUUGUAGCGGUACGGCGGCGGCCCGCUGACUCCCUGGAGGCCCCGUCCCGCGCCCAACCCGCCCGCCCGCCCACCCG